AUGUUGGAUCAGAAGGAUGGACAGAUACAGAUAUUGGUUGAUAGUUUGAAGGAGUUUGGUGAACAGAUGGAGUUGUUGAAGGAGCAGAAUUCAUUGAUUUCAACUCAAUUGGAAUUGGAGAGGAUGGAGAAUGAGAGAUUACUCAAAGAGAAGAAGGAAAUGGAGAAUAACGUAGCCAAACAAUCAUUAUUCAUCGAUGAGAUGAAGUUGGCUUUAAAGAGAGAGAAGAACAAUUAUAAUGAGUAUCGAGAGACAAUAGAGUCAAGGGGUAAAGAUAUGGAGAGUUUGAAUUCGGAAAACUCUGCUUUGAUUGCCAAGAACCAUCAGAUGGUCGCCACAGAGUUGGAGAAGACGACGGAGAUUCAAAGAUUGAACCAACAGGUGAAGGACAUGCAGAGGUACUUCAAGUUCACAUCAUGGAAACAAGGCCUCAACUACAAAUGCUUUAUACAUUCAUGGAGCAUAUCCAGCCUAUGGUACAGCGCAUAA